CCGACAACCACAAGUACAACACCCACAACAACAACACCAACUACAACACCAACAACCACAAGUACAACACCAACUACGACACCGACAACCACAACUACAACACCAACUACGACACCGACAACCACAACAACUACACCAACCACGACUCCGACAACCACAACUACAACACCGACAACCACAAGUACAACACCAACUACGACACCGACAACCACAACAACAACACCGACAACCACAAGUAUAACACCAACUACGACACCGACAACCACAAGUACAACACCAACUACGACACCGACAACCACAACAACAACGCCAACUACGACACCGACAACAACCACUACAACACCAACUACGACACCAACAACCACAACUACAACACCGACAACCACAACUACAACACCAACUACGACACAGACAACCACAACUACAACACCAACUACGACACCGACAACCACAACAACUACACCAACCACGACUCCGACAACCACAACUACGACACAGACAACCACAACUACAACACCAACUACGACACCGACAACCACAACAACAACACCAACUACAACACCAACAACCACAAGUACAACACCAACUACGACACCGACAACCACAACUACAACACCAACUACGACACCGACAACCACAACUACAACACCAACUACGACACCGACAACCACAACAACUACACCAACCACGACUCCGACAACCACAACUACAACACCGACAACCACAAGUACAACACCAACUACGACACCGACAACCACAACUACAACACCAACUACGACACCGACAACCACAACAACUACACCAACCACGACUCCGACAACAACCACUACAACACCAACUACGACACCAACAACCACAACUACAACACCGACAACCACAACUACAACACCAACUACGACACAGACAACCACCACUACAACACCAACUACAACAGCGACAACCACAAGUACAACACCAACUACGACACCGACAACCACAAUGACAACUACGACACCGACAACCACAAGUACAACACCAACUACGACACCGACAACCACAACAACAACAACCACAACACCAACAACCACAACUACAACAACAACUUCAUCCACUACAACAACACCUGCACCAACUACAACCACGGAGCCGACUACAACAACACCUACACCAACUACAACAACCACUGCGCCAACCACAAUAACGACCACAGCACCCACUACAACAAGUCCAGCCCUUACAACUAGAUUCGUGACUUUCAGAUCACUUCUUGACAAUUUCACAAAUGACUUGCUGGAUCCAUCAUCACCAGGCUUUCGAGCCCGAGCAGCUGACAUAAAGAGACAGCUUGAACCCGCUACCGGAGUGAGUUUCCUGGUUCUUUCCGCGCCUUGCAGGUGGUGUCCUUCAGACGUGGAUCAAUCAUCAACACCAUGGACCUACAAUUUGUAAACACAUCUGUUCCUGACAACUCUGCGAUUCAGAGUGUUUUGAUCGCUGCAGCUUCAGUGGUUCAAGGCUUUGACAUUGAAGGCAGCUCCAUCACUGUUGGAACGUCUUUAACAACAACCACAACCACCCCACUGACGACAACGACAGCACCAACAACAACCACGACCACAGCACCAACCACUGUUGGCACCUCUUCAAGCACAGUGAGCCACGAGAGCAGUCUCCUCACUGCAACCUGCCUGGUUCUGUUUUCAUGGCUGCUGACAAGCCAGCAAUAGCAUCUAUGAUUACUUCCAUUAUCUAUCUAACAAAUUUGUGAAAAUGUUAUUGGAAAGAUGUUGCUGUUCUUUCUACACUCUUGUUGCAGUUUCCAAAUGAAACAAAAAAUGUCAACAAAAGUUGAGAAAAGAGAAGAUCAGUGAGGUUUCUAAAAACACACAGACUCAAUACAUAGCUUUAUUUAUAGUCAUGGCAUACUUAUGUAUUUAUUUAUCAUACACCUCUGUAUUCUGUGGAAUUGUAUUGUAGCCUGUGUAAUCUAUGUCUUUACAAUGGUCAGAUGUCAAGAAUAUAUAAUGUUUUUGGUGAUUUUUUUCCCUAUUCUUGUGGAUCAAGAAUACGUGGAUUAGACUGACAUCCAGGGACUUGUUUUUCCCAGGUAGGCAACACCAUUGCUUACACUUAAAGUAAAACGCAGUAAAAAGAAAAAUAAGUCUAUUAUGAAGUUUAGUUAAGUGUGAGUACUGAUAUUACCUGUACAGAAAAAAAGUACAGACAAUACAAAAAAAAAAAAACAGCAAACAUCAAAAUACCAUUAAUUGUAUAUUAAGUGGCUGGCAAGUGGGUGUUGCUAUUCUGAUCAGAAAUCUUUGGGAGUGUAUCUGGAAGAUGAAACACUUAAUGGUGCAAUUGAAUGUCGUUACUAGUUGCACCCACAGCAUACAUAAGCACUGCUGCUGGUUUCCCAUCACUCCUAAAGAAUCACCUCCAUUCUCUGUACAAUGUAUCUGCCUAUAUCACGGGAAUUAUAGUUAGUUAUUAUUAGAUUUAUGUUUUUCUCCUGUGGGAGGUGUCAGUAUUUGUGAUAUUCAUGAGAUCCACAGUGCAUAUUAAAAUUUCACCACUUCUACAUUGUGAUUUUUCUAUUUGUUUUUUUUUUUUGUUUUUGUUUUUUUUACUUAACUUUCGUUCACUCAAACUCAACAGUUUGGUUCAAUUAUACAUAUUUCUUGUGCUUUCAACAUAUCCUCAGUUUUAUUUGUUUUCUUCUUUUGUUAACUUGUGUUUCAGCACCAUCUUGGUUUGGGGAUAAAUAUUGCCUUUAAAUAUCA